AUGGAGCUCCUGGUCCUAUUCUUCCUUGUGAUAGUGGGUGCCAUUGCCAAGCCCCAGGGUUACAAUCUGGCAACCCCUUCUGGGCCAUCUUCACUCCCGCGAAGAUGCAGCAAUGGACGGGUGUUAAAUGUGGACGGCAGGUGCGUUACUCCAAGGGUCAACCGUCGUGUGUUCUUGUAUGAUGUGCCGAAAGUUCCCACGCCAACAGGUCCUCCCCCUUUUAUCCCUGCACCAACCGUGGAGACCAACCUGCUGUUCAUCCGAACUCCUGAAGGAGGACAAGGUCCAGAUCCCAUCAUUGUGCCUCCACCGCAAAGGGAACAUAUCGUAUACGUCCUGAAUAAACAAUCUGAAGAAGGUCAAAAGGUGAUUGAAGUUCCUGCACCGCCACCUUCUGACCCAGAGGUUUACAUCGUUAACUACGCUGAAGGAGAAAACCCAACUCUUCCCAGCGGUGUGGAUCUGCAGACUGCCCUGGAUGCGGCUUCGGCUGGCAGUGGCCAGGUGGUUGGGGGCUCUGAAAGUACCAGUGGUUUCGGAAGUGGCAGUGGUAUCGGAGGCGUUAAUGGCUUCGGAGUCGGCAGUGGUUUCGGAAGCAGCAGUGGUUUCGGAAGCAGCAGUGGUAUCGGAAGUGCUACGAACAGUGGCUUAGGAAUUUUGAAUGGUUUUGGAAGCAGUAGUGAUACAGAAAGUGGAAGUGUUUUCGGAGGCAUCACUGAUUUAGGAAACAGCAAGGACUUUGGAAGCAGUGAUAGUUUUGGAAGCACUGGUUUCGAAAGCAGCAAUGGUGUUGGAGGUAUCAAUGGUUUCGACAUUGGUUUCGGAAGCGGUAGUGGAUUUAUUUCUAACAAUGUUGAAGGAAAUAAUGACGGGUUCAGAAUCAGUAGCAUCUCUAUCGAUGGACGUUUGUACAGAAAACCUUAAUGAUCAGUCAA